AUGUCCGGCAAGCCUCCGUAUAAAAUCGCCGACCUCUCCCUGGCGGAAUGGGGUCGUAAAGAGAUCACCCUGGCGGAGAAUGAGAUGCCAGGUCUUAUGUCGAUUAGAAAAAAAUAUGGUCCAUCCAAGGUGUUGAAAGGUGCUCGGAUCGCCGGUUGUCUUCACAUGACCGUGCAAACUGCAGUGCUAAUUGAGACCCUGGUGGAGCUUGGCGCAGAAGUACAAUGGUCGUCCUGUAACAUAUUUAGCACGCAAGAUCACGCAGCAGCGGCAAUAGUGAAGACUGGAGUGCCAGUAUAUGCAUGGAAGGGAGAAACCGAGGAAGAGUAUAUCUGGUGUAUUGAGCAAACCCUCGUAUUCCGGGAUGGUAAACCAUUCAACUUGAUUCUUGAUGAUGGUGGCGAUCUGACCAAUCUUGUACAUACAAAGUAUCCACAAUAUCUCAAGGAAUGUCGCGGUCUGUCCGAGGAAACCACCACUGGUGUACACAAUCUCUAUCGCAUGAUGAAGGAAGGUACACUCAAAGUGCCGGCGAUUAAUGUCAACGACUCCGUCACCAAGAAUAAAUUCGACAAUUUGUACGGAUGCAGGGAAUCAUUGAUAGAUGGUAUCAAGAGAGCGACUGAUAUAAUGAUUGCCGGAAAAGUGUGUGUGGUAGCCGGAUAUGGAGACGUGGGUAAGGGAUCUGCGCAAAGUCUUAGAGCUCUCGGGGGUCGUGUUAUCAUCACAGAAAUCGAUCCCAUCAAUGCACUUCAAGCAGCUAUGGAAGGAUACGAGGUAACAACGAUGGAUGAGGCGAGCACGAAGGGCCAGAUAUACGUCACCUCUACAGGAUGUAAGGACAUCAUUGUGGAUCGUCACUUCAUGAACAUGCCGAACGACGCUAUCGUCUGCAACAUAGGACACUUUGAUUGUGAGAUUAAUGUUGCGUGGCUAGAAAAGAACGCUGAGAAAACCAACAUCAAGCCUCAAGUGGACAGAUAUCUAUUGAAGAAUGGCAGGCAUAUUAUCCUUCUCGCGGAAGGUCGUUUGGUGAAUUUGGGUUGUGCGACGGGACAUCCGAGCUUUGUCAUGAGCAACUCGUUCACAAACCAGGUGCUUGCACAAAUCGAACUCUGGACAAAAUCAGACAAGUAUUCGAUUGAUGUAUAUAUGCUGCCGAAGAAGUUGGACGAGGAGGUCGCAGCGUUACAUUUGAAUCAUUUGGGUGUGAAAUUAACAACUCUCACGCCAGAACAAGCUAAAUAUUUGGAUACACCUGUGGAAGGUCCUUAUAAAUCCGAUCAUUAUCGAUAUUAGUCACUGUUCGAUAAAAAUUUAUAAAAAAACAUCAAUUAAAUUGUUACUGUAAUUACGAAAUUGUGAUUUUAUAAAGUAUUUGAAACAUUAA